GUCUCGUUAAACGCUCAAAACUCGCGCGUAAAUAAGAUGCUCGCUCGUUAAAAUCGUAUCAUCUCCGCGUCUGAACACUUAACGUCAAUUUCGGAAGAAAUGAACGCGACAGCGGAGCUACAAAUGAACACGGAAUCCGUUGUUGGUGCGCACGUCAAAGUUACGCCACGGCAAAGGGGCGUGUCUUUACGGAGAAGACCUCCAGAUUCCAGAUGUAACGCCAGGAGCGUCAAUUCAGGUUUUAAAUCUCCAGUACGUAACCCUAGUAUGGUGAAAUCUCCAGUGUGCCCUGUGGUAGAAGUCCAGGAGCUCAAGAAAACACUUGAUCGGCUGGAUUCAGAGAUCGACUUGUUGGAAAAGGAAGGAUUUGUUGUACAAGAGCUGGAUCAACACAUCGACCUGCUGCACGAAUACAAUGACAUCAAAGACAUCGGACAAACUCUGCUGGGCAGAUUAGCCGGCCUGCGUGGAGUGACCACACGAGACUUGUACAGUCACUUUGGCCUCGAGUUGGACGACUGACUGAGCUUCAUGAGAGGAGAUCGAGUAACUGGAAGGCAUCUUAAUACUGUUAGUGUUAUAUCUUUGUAUUUAUAGCAAAUACACCAGGUUGUUUUCUUCAUGCUGUUGUUGUGGUGGAUGAGAGAAAUUGAGACAUUUCAGUGAAAUUAACAUUCUUAAAGGAAUAGUUCCUUUAGCUAAAAAUGAUAAUCUGCUGAAA